AUAGGUUGGUAUGAAAUUAAUGUUGGCUGACAGAUUUAAAGAAUAUACGAUUUUAAUCGAAAUAAUAUUCAUCAGAAUCUACACAUUUUUGCAAGUUUCUUUUUUUUCCAAUCUCAACGACGUAAAAUUCUAUAUUUUAGAACCAAUGAAUACUUUAAAUCUAUUUUUGUAGUAAUCUGAUUGGUGAAGAUUUUCCCUUUCAAGUAGUGGUCGAGAUAUUUGAAAAAGUGGUAGUCAGUUGGUGAAAGUUUCGAGGAAUAUAAUGGAUAAGGUAGAGUUUCAUAGUUCGAUUCGUUUACUUUUUGUAGACGUGUUCUUCCGUUGUAGUGUAAAAAAAAAAGAAAAAAAAAAAAAAAAAGAAGAAUUGGGUCCUUCCGAUUGAUCAAAAACAGAUUUUUAAUUGUUUCAAUUUUGUCAAUUUCUCUUUUUGACAAUACUUUUCCGUUGUAACUGUCUCACCUGGAUUUAAGAAAUUAUAAUGGUAAAUUAUCAUUUUUGAUCAUCAAAUCUCGUCACCAUUAUUUUCUUUUGGUGCAACUUCGAUUUCGGAAAAUAUUUUAGUUGUUUGUCAUGAUUCAAUCGCUAUGCAGACAAUCAACGAUUGUCAUAAAUAAUUCAUUUUUCGUUGCCUUGUAACAUGCUUUUUAUUUCGUACAAGAAGUAUAGAAUUCACAUCAUUACGAUGACUUUUUUGAUCCUCGUUUAAUUCACGUGCCAUCCAUUUAUCGAGCUUCUUCGACUUCCCUAGUUUUCUUAGAUGAUGAAUGACAGUAGAGUGACUUACACCUACAACCUGUGCAAGUUGUCAAGCCGUUGUGUGUGGAUCGGCCUCAACCAGUGUCUUUAAUUAGUCGUCAACGACAGAAUGUCGUCCACGAUUUUCUUCGUCUUCGAGGCUUUCAUCUCCAUUCCGAAAUUUUUUAAACCACCGAUGCACUGUGUAUAUGAUAUAAAUAGGAACAUCCGUUGCUUUAGUACGCUUUGAUCGUUCAUUAUAAGGUGUUGGUUUAAUAAAUUCGAGGUUGCACAUAUCGCAUAUAUGGUAGAACAAUUGAUUGAGAUAAGAAGAUCAAGCGACGUGCUUUAUAAUGGCAGGAUCCAUAGAGAUUCCACUUCGUGAUACAGAUGAGGUUAUAGAACUUUAUUUAGAUCAAUUACCUGAAGGUGAUGAAGUUCUUGGUAUAUUACGCCAAGAACAUGCCCAACUCAACAUCUGGGUCAAUUUGGCCCUUGAAUAUUACAAACAACAUAAAAUCGAAGACUUUAUUAAAAUACUUGAGUCUUCGCGAAUUGAUGCAAAUAUUGAUUAUCGUGAUUAUGAGAAAGAUCAAAUGCGAGCAUUGGAUAUGUUGGCGGCAUAUUAUGUACAGGAAGCUAAUAAAGAGAAGAACAAGGAUAAAAAAAGGGAUCUUUUUACUAAAGCAACAUUAUUGUAUACGACUGCUGAUAAAAUUAUCAUGUAUGAUCAGAAUCAUCUCCUUGGUAGAGCUUAUUUUUGCCUUCUUGAAGGCGAUAAAAUGGAACAAGCAGAUGCGCAAUUUAACUUUGUUUUGAAUCAAUCGCCUAAUAACAUUCCCUCUCUACUUGGUAAAGCUUGUAUCGCAUUCAAUAAAAAAGAUUAUAGGGGUGCGCUUGCAUUUUAUAAAAAAGCUCUGAGAACCAAUCCUAAUUGUCCAGCUGCUGUGAGAUUAGGAAUGGGACAUUGUUUUAUGAAAUUAAAUAAUCAAGAAAAAGCGCGAUUAGCAUUUGAGAGAGCAUUACAAUUGGAUGGACAGUGUGUUGGAGCAUUAGUUGGACUUUCAGUUUUGAAAUUGAAUCAGCAACAACCUGAUAGUAUCCGUGCUGGUGUGCAAAUGUUAUCUAAAGCAUAUACGAUCGAUUCGACAAAUCCGAUGGUGCUAAAUCAUUUGGCAAAUCAUUUCUUUUUUAAAAAGGAUUAUAAUAAAGUACAACAUUUGGCAUUACAUGCAUUUCACAAUACAGAAAAUGAAGCCAUGCGAGCGGAAAGUUGUUAUCAAUUGGCUAGGGCGUUCCAUGUACAAGGGGAUUAUGAUCAAGCUUUUCAAUAUUAUUAUCAAGCAACACAAUUUGCUCCAUCUGUUUUUGUAUUACCUCAUUUUGGUUUGGGUCAAAUGUACGUUUAUCGAGGUGACGCAGAAAAUGCAGCACAAUGUUUUGAAAAAGUUUUGAAAGCUCAACCAGGAAAUUAUGAAACAAUGAAGAUUCUUGGUUCACUAUAUGCCAAUUCUAGCUCCCAAUCGAAACGUGAUAUUGCUAAAAAUCAUCUCAGGAAAGUUACAGAACAAUUUCCAGAUGAUGUAGAAGCUUGGAUUGAAUUAGCACAAAUUUUAGAACAAAGUGAUCUUAAUGCAGCUUUAAAUGCAUAUGGAACGGCUACAAGGAUUUUAAAGGAAAAAGUUCAGGCCGAUAUUCCCCCUGAGAUAUUAAAUAAUGUAGGUGCUUUACAUUACAGGCUUGGCAAUUUAGAAGAAGCUAAAAAGAAUUUAGAAGAAUCUUUAGCUCGUUCAAAAGCCGAUGCUUUACAUGAUUCUGUGUAUUAUAAUUCAAUAGCAGUUACAACAACAUACAAUUUGGCACGUCUUAACGAAGCGCUUUGCAUUUUUGAUCGUGCUGAAAAAUUGUAUAAAGAUAUUUUAAAGGAGCAUCCAAACUAUGUAGAUUGUUAUUUAAGACUUGGAUGUAUGGCAAGAGAUAAAGGGCAAAUAUACGAAGCAUCUGAUUGGUUUAAAGAUGCUUUAAGAAUUAAUAAUGAACAUCCGGAUGCGUGGUCCCUUUUGGGUAAUUUACAUUUGGCCAAAAUGGAAUGGGGUCCAGGUCAGAAAAAAUUCGAAAGGAUUCUUAAAAAUCCUACAACCAGUACGGAUGCCUAUUCUUUGAUAGCUUUAGGAAAUAUUUGGUUACAAACACUCCAUCAAAGUGGAAAAGACAAAGAAAGAGAAAAAAGACAUCAAGACAGAGCAUUAGCUAUGUACAAACAGGUGUUAAGAAAUGAUCCAAAAAAUAUUUGGGCAGCAAAUGGAAUUGGUGCGGUAUUAGCACAUAAGGGUUGUGUCAAUGAAGCUAGAGAUAUUUUUGCUCAAGUGAGAGAAGCAACGGCAGAGUUUUGCGAUGUAUGGUUAAACAUUGCUCAUAUUUACGUAGAACAAAAGCAAUACGUUAGCGCUAUUCAAAUGUAUGAAAAUUGCUUACGUAAAUUUUAUAAAUAUCAUCACGUGGAAGUUCUACAGUAUCUUGGUAGAGCGUAUCUCAAAGCUGGAAAAUUAAAGGAAGCAAAAUUGACCCUCUUAAAGGCUCGCAGAGUUGCUCCCCAAGAUACUGUUUUGCUAUAUAAUAUUGCAUUAGUAUUACAACGUUUGGCAACACAAAUAUUAAAAGAUGAAAAAUCAACGCUUACUACCGUAUUACAAGCAGUACAUGAAUUGGGACUUUCUCACAAAUACUUUCAAUAUUUAUCUGCCCAUGGCGACAGAAUGGAGCAACUAGCAGAAACAGAAGCACGAAAGUGUCAAGAUUUAUUAUCCCAAGCACAAUACCACGUUGCUAGAGCAAGAAGACUUGAUGAAGAAGAAAAAACACUUAGAAGAAAACAAGAAGAAGAAAGACAAGCCUUCAAGAUGCGUCAAACGGAAGAACAACGAAAGUUAGAAGAGAUACGUCGUCAAAAAGAAGAAGAAAUGUUACAGAAAAGACAAGAAUAUGUGGAGAAAACGAAAAAUGCAUUGGUAUUUGGUGAAAUGCCAUCAGAGAAACCUGGAAGGAAAGGUAAAAAAACAAGAACUGAUCAAUAUAUUAGUGAUAGCGGAGGAUCUGGAAAUGAUGAGGGUAGAGAAGAAGUUCCUAGAGAAAAGAAACGUAAAAGGAAAGCUAGCGGUGAGAGUAAAGAGAAGAAAGGAAGAGGUAAAGGCAAACGAAAGAGAGAUUUGGGAAGUGGAGACAGUGGUUCAGAUAGUGAUCGUCCAAAACCUAAGCGUAAUAGGAAAAUUGGUAUGAAAAAAGAUAAGUUUCGUAAAUCCAUAUCUGAUACUCCGAAAGGAAAGAUGCCUUUAUCAAAAGAAACAAUAUCAACCAGUGAAUCCGAUAGUGAUAGUGGAGGUCUUAAAAUUGCCAGCGGUGGUGAAAGCGAUAACGAUAAACGGCCAUCAGGAAGCAGAAGAAUUGUAUCUGAUUCGGAGGGUUCACGAGCUUCACGUUCUAGAUCACGUUCUAGAUCACGUUCUAGAUCACGUUCCAGAUCAAAGUCAGGAAGUCGUGCAAGAAGUUCGCGAUCUCGUUCACGUUCUCAUUCUCGAUCUCGAUCUCGUUCACGUUCACGUUCUCAUUCUCGAUCUCGAUCUCGAUCACGAUCACGAUCACGAUCUCCUUCACAUUCGGCUUCACGUUCACCUUCACGAUCUAAAUCACGAUCGGCUUCUAGAUCUAAAUCACAAUCUAAAUCACGAUCGGCUUCUAGAUCUAAAUCGCGAUCUAAAUCGCGAUCAAAAUCACGAUCAAAAUCGCGAUCGAAAUCACGAUCGAAAUCACGAUCGAAAUCACGAUCGAAAUCACGAUCUAAAUCACGAUCGAAAUCACGAUCUAAAUCACGAUCGAAAUCACGAUCUAAAUCACGAUCGAAAUCACGAUCACCUUCCAGAUCUAAAUCACGAUCCCCUUCUAGAUCUAAGUCACGAUCUAAAUCACGAUCAAAAUCACGAUCUGCUUCUAGAUCUAAAUCACGUUCGCGAUCGCAUUCUGUAUCUCGAUCUCGAUCUCGAUCUCGAUCUCGAUCUCGGUCUCGGUCUCGUUCAAAAUCUAAAUCUGGAUCUCAAAGUGAAAGUGAAAAAGAAAAUCAAGAAAGCCAAAGAAUUGUAUCUGGUUCAGAAGGUUCUCGUGCAUCAUCACGCGCAGCGUCACGAUCACGAUCACGGUCUCAUUCACGUUCAGUCUCUCGAUCACCGACGCAUUCACGCUCUGCCUCUCGAUCUCCAUCCCGAUCAAGAUCAAGAUCAAGAUCCAGAUCAAGAAGUAUUUCGCAGUCAGGAAGUCCUGAUAAAUAAAUGUAUAUAUUUUUCACAUAGAAAUCAAUUAAGAAAAUUUAUAAUAAUGUUGUUUUUUAUUGAAUAUUAAUAUUUCAUCGUCCCACAUUUCAUAAGUAUUAAAACGAACGUGACCGAAAACGUGAUCGUGCCAAAAAAAUUUUUAUUUGUAUAGUAAUAGAAAGCUAUUAAUUGUUUGUAUGUAAUUAAUUUUUUAUACUUGUUAGAUUCAUUUGUUAGAAUGAGAUGCAUUCGUUUGAUGACAUAUUUUUAAUAUGACAGAUGGAAAUAUUAUUUUGAUUCAUAUCGAUACAAUGUGACAUUUUAAACUAAAAAGUAACAACACACCACAUUACCAUAAACUAUGCAUUUAAUUAACCAUAUAGCAUAUGAUCUUAAUAUUUUGUCAUAUCAA